UGCUACAGGACGGAUGACUGAACACCGGGACUGAAAUUCAGCAGAAGUUGGGGGGAGUUCACGAUGGAUGUAUACAAAUGUUUGAGUGUACUUUUCUUCACUCUUCCACCACAAGUUUGUUCCCAAGUUGGACCUCGUGCCCACGCUGAGGAGAGGCUGCUCCAGGAUCUGUUCAUAAAUUACAAUAAGCUCUCUCGACCUGUGGAAAACACUACAGACACCGUGCUAGUCCACUUUGGACUAUCUAUUGCCCAGCUUAUUGAUGUGGAUGAGAAGAACCAGAUGAUGACCACAAACGUCUGGGUGAAGCAGGAGUGGAACGAUUACAAACUUCGCUGGAACCCGGAGGAAUACGAAAAUGUCACCUCCAUCCGUAUUCCCUCAGAGAUCAUCUGGAGGCCUGACAUCGUCCUUUACAACAAUGCUGAUGGUGACUUUGCUGUAACUCACCUCACGAAGGCACACCUGUUCCAUGACGGUCGGAUAAAGUGGAUGCCACCAGCCAUUUACAAGUCGUCAUGCAGCAUAGAUGUCACCUUUUUCCCUUUUGAUCAGCAAAGUUGUAAGAUGAAGUUUGGCUCAUGGACCUAUGACCGCGCCAAGAUCGAUCUGAUCAGCAUGGCCAGUGAUGUGGACCAGAUGGACUACUGGGAGAGUGGCGAGUGGGUCAUUGUCAAUGCAGUGGGCAAGUACAACACCAAAAAGUAUGAGUGCUGCACAGAGAUCUACGCCGACAUUACGUACUACUUCAUCAUCCGGAGGCUUCCGUUGUUUUACACGAUUAAUCUUAUCAUCCCCUGUCUUCUUAUCUCCUGUUUGACCGUACUGGUGUUUUAUUUGCCGUCACAAUGUGGAGAGAAGAUCACCUUGUGUAUCUCAGUGUUACUGUCCCUAACAGUCUUCCUUCUGCUGAUCACAGAGAUUAUACCGUCCACAUCGCUAGUGAUUCCACUGAUUGGUGAAUAUCUCCUGUUCACGAUGGUCUUUGUCACACUUUCCAUCAUAAUUACUGUCUUUGUGUUAAACGUACAUCACCGUUCACCCCAAACCCAUGGCAUGCCUCACUGGGUGCGGAGAGUGUUUUUGGACAUGGUGCCUCGAGUCCUAUUCAUGAAGCGUCCACCAGGCACAGCCAAGCAGCACUGCAAGAAGCUCAUUGAGUUGAUGCACCGUCCUCCCACCAUAUCUGCAACAGGCAACUCACAGGCCUUUUGGUCAGGUUUAGAGACAGGGUUGAGACAGACAGCCCAGGUAGAGAAAAAACUAACAAAUACUCCCUCUGACAGUCCAAGCAUCCUUGUCUGCUCUCCUUCUCCACCCUCUUCCCCUCUUGAUGACCGCAACAAGGAGGAGCACACCCCGAAGGCCAACAUAUUCUGCCAGUCUGGUCAGUAUUCAGUUCUCUCUGAGAAGCAGUCCCUAAGGGGACACAAUUCUGCAGCUUCAUCUUCUUCCCAAUUGUCCUUGCCCCCAUCUUUGCCCCUGGGCCCACUUCGCAGUCUAUCCAGGGAAGAACUAAAUACACUCGCCCCAAAUGGCCGCUCCCACAGUGAAGAGCAAGUGUGUGACCAACAGAAGGAGCUUCCCCAGAGAGCUGGGAAUCGGUGCCGAUCCCGCAGCUUCCAGUACUGCUGUCUGCAUGAUGAAGGGCCUGGACUGGUGGCACUUGCAGGGUGGGUGAAGAAACAAGCCCUCACUGACAACCUGGCUGAGCCCAUCACAGCAGAGUCCACUAAAGACGCAUGUACCCAACAGGAAACUGUGGUUCCAACUAUUUCCCCAACAAUUCCAACUAUUUCCCCAGCCAUGCAACGGGCCAUAGAGGGAGUUCAGUACGUUGCUGAUCAUCUCAGGGCAGAGGAUGCAGAUUUUUCAGUGAAGGAGGACUGGAAGUAUGUGGCAAUGGUCAUCGACAGGAUAUUCCUCUGGAUGUUUGUAAUGGUGUGUAUACUGGGAUCUGUGGGACUCUUUCUUCCUCCUUGGCUGGCUGGGAUGAUCUAAAAGGAGUCUGAGAACACUGACAGAAGACUGUCAUAUAUUGUAAAAAAAAGAAAAGAACUGUUUAUCGUUUUUGUUUUUACUUUCUAUUUUCCAAAGGACCUACAAGUCACACUCCUUGGUUUUGCCCCAGGUUAUCAAAAGGUUACUCACGGAGAAGUGAGAUGAAAUAUCACUCAUUGAUUCCAGUGGGCAUAUAAAUUUUUUAUGAGGGCAAAAGGCCAACAGUAAAAAUGCCUUUCCACACCUCUCCAUUUUGACAUUGAACUGUGAAGCUAAUUUUUUCACCUUUGUUUUAAAAAAUAUACAGAAAAUAUUAGAGAUUAACCUAUUUACACCUGCAGAAGACGCCACAAAAAAAGACUCAGGAAAAGAUUUUUUUUCUGAGACAGUAAGAUGUUUAUGAGACUGUAUAAGGUUCAGUUUUGAUAUCCCUACUGCAAUGCCAAUGUUAUAUUAUCCUGACAAUAUUCAUAAAAUAUUCAAGUUUCAGUGCAACCUGAUUUGUCAGAAUUCAGUGAAGGAUU